AUGAGCAGAAUUCGAGGAAGGGGAGCCCUGGAAGAAGUGGGAGGACGCAGCUUUCAUGGCGGCCUCACGUGCAAACAGGCUGGGGCUUCCGGGACCUGCCGGGAGGAGCGGGGGGCUUGGGCGGCAGUGGACUCCGGGAGGCGCGAGCUGGUGGUCGUGGGCAAGACGCCCCCUGGCUGCCUCAAGGCAGCUGGAGUGGUGGACGCCCCUAAGGGGGACAGCCAGGCCCCCUGCCCGUCACCCCACGCCACCAGCUACAGCCUGCGGCCCCUCCAGCACCCACUACCCCACGGGGGCGGGCCCGACCCAGGAGAACCCCCACCCAGAGCCCUCAGAAAGAGGCGAGGACGAGGGAAGAAACCCCCUUACGGAAGACGGAAGACGAGACACCCGUUUUCGGUGCCGGGAAUUCCUGGAGCCCCGAGUCUCAGCGCUUCCGGGGGCCGCGAGGCCGGCAGCCCCACCCGGGGACCGACACGCCUCGGGGGCGCACGCACCCCGCCCCAGCUCCCCGCCGCCUCGCGCUCUCCUGAACCCGUAUUCCGGGGCCAGCUCCCGCCCGCCCUUCGCAGAGGGCGCCGUGCAGAGUGUCCCAGACCCACCUGUAGCCUCGCAGCCUCUCCUCCGCUUCCUCCCCGGGCGCCCCGGGGCCGGCGGAGCCCACUACCCCCCACAGACCGCUCUGGGGGUGCCUCUCCCCCUAGCGCGCCAGGGCUGAUUUCUUUCUUUUUCAGAAAAGUUGGCCCAAGAUCUCCGCGUCCCACGGAGCCGGCCCCCGGCCCCAUCCAACCCGAGCCCGGGCGCAGAGGACGAGGGGGCCCCAGCGCGCCCGAGCAGCACGCCCAGGCCCCCGCAACCUGCAGGGAGGCGCCCCGCGCGGGGCUCUCCCCGCCCGCCGGGGUCCCCGCGCCGCUGCACCCACCUCCGCCCCGAGUCCCGCAGGCGCCCACCUACCGCUUGGGGCCAGCCGGCGAGAGGGCGCGCGCGGGGGCUCCCGGAGACAGCGUGUUCCGUCCCGGGAGGAAAGUUUGUGCCAUGCAGAGGGGGCGGCGCGGGGGAAGGCGUGGGCGACAGGGGGUGGGCGCGGGGCGGGCGGCGAGGCGGGCCCGCGCGUCCGUCCCCCCCGCGAGCGGUGCGUGCGUCCUGCCCGAGAGCCCGCGGCCGCCGCGCUCCCGCUCGCGGCGCCCAGAGCCCGGCGCGCUCCGCCCGCAGCCCCGACGCGCCCCCGUCGCCGCCGCGCGUCCGCCGCCUAUACUUCCUCUUCCUCUGAACUCACGGGCAACAGACGCCGAGCGGCAUCUUCGGGGGAGCCGCCGGCGCGCCCCGCGCCCACCGCGCGCUCCCAGCCCGCGCCCCAGCGCCGGUGCCCCCACCACGCCCCGCGCCCCCCACCGUGCCCCCACGAUCCGCGCCCCGCGCCAACCGCGCCCCCGCGACCCGCGCUCGCCCCGCGCCCCCGCGAUCCGCGCUGCCCACGGGCGCCGGAGCCACAGACCCUCGCCGCGCCUCCGCAGCGAGCCCCGUGGCUCCCCCGCCCCCCUUCUCGACCCCUGGUAA